AUGUCGCAGAUACCGAAGGAGCCAGAGCAGGUGAUGAAGAUGAGAGGAGGAUGUGUGUUGGGGAAGAGAACGAUUCUGAAGAGCGACCAUUUCCCUGGUUGCCAGAACAAGCGUUUGUCGCCUCAGAUCGAAGGCGCUCCCAAUUAUCGCCAGGCAUCGGACUCGUUGCAUGUUCACGGUGUUGCCAUUCCAACCAUUGAUGGAAUUCGGAACGUUCUCAACCACAUUGGUGCUCGAUUGAAAGUUCUCUGGAUUAGCCUUCGUGAGGAACCGCUUGCCUACAUUAAUGGUCGUCCUUUUGUUUUGCGUGAUGUGGAGAGGCCGUUCUCCAACCUUGAGUAUACGGUAUGUAGUUGUGGUGCAUCUCAAGAAAGGGUUGAGCAAAUGGAAGCUCGUUUGAAAGAAGACAUCCUGGUGGAGGCAGCGAGAUAUGGAAAUAAGAUUCUUGUGACUGAUGAACUGCCAGAUGGGCAGAUGGUGGACCAAUGGGAGCCGGUGUCAUGUAAUUCUGUGAAGACACCACUCGAGGUGUAUGAGGAAUUGCAAGUGGAGGGAUAUCUUGUUGAUUAUGAACGAGUUCCUAUAACUGAUGAAAAAUCACCAAAGGAAAUGGAUUUUGAUAUUUUGGAUCUGGUUGCUUAUUUCUGUGGCCUGGUUAUUUCACCAGCUCUUGAAAAAGAAAACAGAUUUUAUGGGAUUCUUCCAGCUGGUGAUCAUGGGAAAGUUGCAUGGUUCCCAAGAAGCAAUUCAAUUGGUAGAAUUUUUCAAAGUAUGACCAAUGUUGCUGAUCAUUUACCUGACUCAGAAGAAGCAAUUCGCAGAGGAGAGUAUGCAGUCAUAAGAAGCUUGAUUCGGGUGUUAGAGGGUGGUGUUGAGGGGAAAAGACAAGUGGACAAAGUCAUUGACAAAUGUGCUUCAAUGCAGAACCUGCGUGAAGCAAUCGCCACGUAUCGCAAUAGCAUUUUGCGACAGCCCGAUGAGAUGAAAAGGGAGGCAUCACUAUCUUUUUUUGUUGAGUACCUAGAGAGAUACUACUUUUUAAUAUGUUUUGCUGUGUACAUUCAUUCAGAAAGGGCUGCACUCCGUUCUAAUACUGCUGAUCACUGUAGUUUUGCUGACUGGAUGAGAGCAAGACCUGAACUCUACAGCAUUAUUCGGAGGUUACUCAGGAGAGAUCCCAUGGGUGCACUUGGUUAUUCAAGUUUGAAGCCAUCUCUAAAGAUGAUAGCCGAAUCCACUGAUGGCCGCCCUUCCGAGAUGGGUGUGGUUGCUGCCUUGAGAAAUGGCGAGGUUCUUGGUAGUCAAACUGUUCUCAAAAGUGAUCACUGUCCCGGAUCUCAAAACCCAAGUUUACUUGAGAGUGUAGAUGGUGCUCCUAAUUUCCGAGAAGUUCCUGGAUUUCCAGUUUAUGGAGUGGCAAAUCCAACCGUGGAUGGUAUUCGAUCUGUCAUUCGGAAGAUAGGAAGCUCUAUAGGUGGACGCCCAGUACUUUGGCAUAAUAUGAGAGAAGAGCCUGUUAUUUACAUUAAUGGGAAGCCAUUUGUUCUUCGUGAAGUAGAAAGACCAUACAAAAACAUGUUGGAGUACACGGGCAUUGACCGUGAAAGAGUGGAGAAAAUGGAGGCACGAUUAAAAGAAGAUAUCCUAAGAGAAGCUAAACACUAUGGUGGUGCGGUAAUGGUUAUUCAUGAAACAGAUGAUAGGCAUAUAUUUGAUGCUUGGGAGCUUGUUACCCCCGAUGUAAUCCAAACCCCACUUGAAGUUUUCAAAAGUCUGGAAGCUGAGGGGUUCCCUGUUAAGUAUGCACGUGUGCCCAUCACUGAUGGAAAAGCUCCUAAAAGUUCUGAUUUUGACACUUUGGCAAUUAAUAUCGCUUCUGCUGCAAAAGACACUGCUUUUGUUUUCAAUUGUCAGAUGGGUAGAGGCAGGACGACCACUGGUACUGUCAUAGCUUGCCUUGUGAAACUUCGAAUCGAUUAUGGUAGGCCCAUUAAAAUUCUGGGUGAUGAUGUGACCCGUGAAGAAUCAGAUUGUGGUUCUUCAAGUGGAGAUGAAGCUGGGGUUUAUGCCACCACAUUAACCUCCAAUACUUUGUUAAGAAAGACAGAGGAGAAACAAAAUCGUGCUUUUGGUAUAAAUGACAUCCUUCUGUUAUGGAAGAUAACAACAUUAUUUGAUAAUGGUGUUGAAUGCCGAGUGGCAUUAGAUGCUAUUAUUGAUAGAUGUUCUGCACUUCAAAACAUUCGUCAAGCAGUGUUGCAGUAUAGAAAAGUAUUCAAUCAACAGCAUGUUGAACCUAGGGUAAGGAGGGUGGCAUUAAAUCGUGGUGCUGAGUACUUGGAGCGAUACUUUCGUCUAAUUGCUUUUGCAGCAUAUCUUGGAAGUGAAGCAUUUGACGGAUUUUGUGGACAAGGAGAAUCCAGAAUGACAUUUAAGGUUUGGUUGCAUCAGAGGCCAGAGGUGCAGGCUAUGAAAUGGAGCAUCAGAUUAAGACCAGGGCGAUUUUUCACUGUCCCUGAGGAGUUGAGAGAGCCGCAAGAGUCUCAACACGGAGAUGCUGUGAUGGAGGCCAUUGUCAAGGCCAGAAAUGGUUCUGUUUUGGGGAAAGGCUCCAUUCUGAAAAUGUAUUUCUUUCCUGGUCAGAGAACUUCCAGUCAUAUACAAAUACAUGGUGCACCUCAUGUUUACAAGGUUGAUGAAUACCCUGUGUAUUGCAUGGCAACUCCAACCAUCUCUGGUGCCAAAGAAAUGCUAGACUAUUUGGGUGCAAAGCCUAAACCUUCAAUCAUUGCUCAAAAAGUUAUAUUGACUGAUCUGAGAGAAGAAGCAGUUGUUUAUAUAAAUUAUACUCCCUUUGUCUUGAGGGAGUUAAAUAAACCAGUUAAUACACUCAAGUAUGUUGGAAUCACUGGUCCUGUGGUGGAACACAUGGAAGCACGGUUAAAAGAAGAUAUCCUAGCUGAGAUUAGACAAUCGGGUGGGCGGAUGCUGUUACACCGUGAAGAAUAUAACCCCUCGACAAAUCAGUCAGGUGUGGUUGGAUACUGGGAAAACAUUCGAGCAGAUGAUGUGAAGACACCUGCAGAAGUUUAUUAUGCUCUAAAAGACGAUGGAUAUGAUAUUGUCUACCAGAGGAUACCUUUAACAAGAGAGAGAGAUGCUUUGGCAUCUGAUGUUGAUGCAAUACAGUAUUGUCAAGAUGACUCUGCAGGUAGUUACCUUUUUGUGUCACACACAGGUUUUGGUGGUGUCGCAUAUGCUAUGGCCAUAAUCUGUAUCAGACUUGAUGCUGGAUCCAAAGUCUCACAACCAUUAUUUGGCCCUCAUAUAUAUGCAGUGACUGAAGAGAACUUGCCUUCUCGAGCUUCCAAUGAAACAGCACUUAGUAUGGGUGACUAUAGUGACAUUUUGAACCUUACAAGGGUCCUCAUACAUGGUCCCCAAAGCAAAGCAGACGUGGACCUUGUCAUUGAAAGAUGUGCAGGUGCAGGGCAUAUACGAGAGGAUAUUCUGUAUUACAAUAGAGAGUUUGAGAAGUUUACUGAUGAUGAUGAGGAGGAGGAACGUGCGUAUCUUAUGGACAUGGGUAUCAAGGCUUUGAGGCGAUAUUUUUUCCUUAUCACAUUCAGAUCUUAUCUCUACUGCACUUCUCCUGCCAAUAUGAAAUUCGCAGCGUGGAUGGAUGCAAGACCAGAGCUUGGUCAUCUAUGUAACAAUCUAAGAAUUGACAAAUAA